GAUACUGUACCUACCUGACCUGACCUGCAGGUUAUGUUUUGUUGUGUUGUAGUCGACGGUCGUGUUGGAUAGUAUUUUUAUUUUUUUGUUUUAGUUUAAGUUUAGGCCUACUACUAGUUUGAAGGAAAAUGUUUACAUGGCUAUUCUCUUACUUAUUAAUUAAAUUAUCUCCAAUGUUACUAAUUUCCCCUUCCUUUCAAAAUUAAGUUAGCAUUAUUGUUUCGGUCCCAAAUUGAAUUCAAAUUAUCUUAGUUUAUUAAACAAGGAGUUUACUGAAAUAAACAUGAAUAUGUUGCAUCAGAGAAAAACUUCAAAAAGAAAACCAAACAGUUUUCAGGCUUCUUCACUUGUUAUUGAUUUGGAAGAUGAAAUUCAAGUUAAUACUGUUCAUUUCUCAAAUAUUGUCCAAGAUGACCCAGAUAUAAUAGUUUUGGAUGAUAGUACUGUACAAACCAAAAGAAGAAGUAUUUGCAGUAGUGUAGUAGAUUUAACUGACUUUAAUGAAACAUUGAAGGAUCCAGAAGAGAGAACAGAGGAAGAUAGCGAUAUUAUAGUUGUAUAUAAAAAGAAGACUUUUGUGCCUGAAACAAGACAACCUACGAGAGAAGUAGAACUUUUAAAUAAUUCGCCAAUGAACAACAGAAUUAAUCGAAGACUUUAUCAAAAUAAUGUUUCGCCGGUAAACUAUGGAAUAAAUAAAAGGCAUGAUAAAAAUAUUUUUAUGACAGUCAACCAAAGAAUUAAUCAAAGGUGCGAUAAAAACAGUUUUUCACCAGUAAACCACACAAUCAAUAAGAGACAUGAUAAAAAUAGUUUUUCACCAGUCAACCUCAGAAUUAAUCAUGGACAAGAUAAAACCAACGUAAAAACAAAAAAGAGAGGUAGAAGUAGUUCUACAAAAUUGAAAUCUCCAAUUAACUGCUUAACUGGGAAAAAAAGGAAAUUGCAAGAUAUCAGCAAUAUCAACUUAGGGGCAUCAGGGAAUACAGCACCAACAGACUUAUCAGAAAAUGCUCAUAAAUAUUACAAAAAACUUGCUCAAUUGGCUGUAAAAGAAUGUAAAAAGAAUAAAUCCAGUAAUGAUUUCAUUCCUGUUGUAAACAAUUUGAAUCGUGCUAGAAAAAGCAUAAGUUUUGCCAAAAAUAGUAAGAAAAUGAAAAAGAAACAAGUACAGUCUGGAAAUAAAUCUUCACAAAGGUCUCCAGGGAGAAAAUUAAGAAAGAAGACCCGACAACAACACAUAAGUAAGAUAAGUGAAAAUAAUGCAUUUAAAAAGAGUCAAAUACAGUCUGGGAAUAAAUCUUUUAGAAAAUUAAGAAAGAUGACUCGCCAAGAAACAAUUAGUAAGAUCAGUGAAAUGAAUGCAUUUAAUCCUAAUCCAUAUGAAGUAGAUCUGGAAGGGUUACGCCCCAUCGUCAUUGAUGGCUGCAAUGUUGCCAUAGGUCAUGGAAAAGGAAAAUUCUCUCCCAAUGGACUGAAGAUCUGUGUAGACUACUUUGCUGCCAGGGGCCACACCAACAUAAAGAUAUUCAUGCCACUGUUUCGACAAGAACAGUUCUCAUCUGAGCUUUUGACAGAAUUAAAAACCAAAUGUGAUGUUGUAUUUACUCCAAGCCAGUGCAUUAAUGGGCAGAGGAGAACACCAUAUGAUGAUCGAUUCAUAGUGCAGUAUGCCACUGAAUUCGGAGGCGUUAUUGUCUCAACGGACAACUAUCGAGACAUUUCAACAGAAAAUGUUAGAUGGAGAGACACAAUUGCUAAAAGACUUCUUAUGUUUACCUGGGUUGAUGACUUUCUCAUGUUCCCCGUGGAUCCCCUCGGAAGAUCAGGUCCCACAUUGGAGGAGUUCUUGAGGUUUUGAAGGGGAAAUGUGUUUGUUUCCAAUGUCAAGUACAAUGUAUUUAUAAAGUCAAGUGUGUAUACAUAUAGUAAAAAUUUUAGUUUUUGUAUUGUUUUGUUUAAAAACGUUAAAUAUGAUUUGAAAUUGUGUUAGUGAAAUUAAUUUGUUAAUUAUUGUGCGUUUUAAAUUAUUUAUUUUGCUGUGUAAAUUAAAUAUAACCAUUUUCUUUCGUAUGAUAACAAUUUUAA